UUUCUUUUCAGUUACGUCCUCCCAAACGAAAACCCUUUUUCCUCCUAUGGCCGCCACCAACACAUUGAUGAGCUGUGGCAUCGCCACCGCUUUCCCUUCAGUGCUUUCCUCUUCAAAGUCCAAGUUCGCCACCGCUACGCCGUUGCCUAGCUUUGGCGCCAAUGUUGGCCACCGUGUUAGCAUGUCGGCUGACUGGAUGCCUGGUCAGCCUAGGCCUCCUUAUCUUGAUGGUUCAGCACCUGGUGACUUUGGGUUUGAUCCACUUAGACUUGGUGAGGUGCCGGAGAACCUUGAGAGGUACAAGGAAUCUGAGUUGAUUCACUGCAGAUGGGCUAUGCUUGCUGUUCCUGGUAUAUUGGUGCCAGAGGCAUUGGGGUAUGGAAACUGGGUAAAGGCACAAGAAUGGGCAGCCGUUCCUGGUGGGCAAGCCACUUACUUAGGCAACCCUGUUCCAUGGGGAACUCUCCCAACAAUCUUGGUCAUCGAGUUCCUUGCCAUCGCCUUCGUCGAGCACCAACGCAGCAUGGAGAAAGAUACCGAGAAAAAGAAGUACCCCGGCGGUGCUUUCGACCCCUUGGGAUACUCCAAGGACCCUAAAAAGUUCGAGGAAUACAAAGUCAAAGAGAUCAAGAACGGUCGUUUGGCAUUGUUGGCGUUUGUGGGAUUUUGUGUUCAACAAUCAGCUUACCCUGGAACUGGACCAUUGGAGAACUUGGCAACUCACUUGGCUGAUCCGUGGCACAACAACAUUGGAGAUAUUAUCAUCCCCAGAUCAAUUUCGCCUUGAAUGACGGAACAUUUUAAAAUGAUGUCCAUUACCCACUGUGUAAAACUCCCAUGUAAUCCAUAAUUCCACAUGUAACGUAAUGAAUCAGGGUUCAUGACUUUUACCUA